AUGGCCAAUAUAGAUUCAAAUAAGAAAAGUUAUUCGGACGUAGUAAGAAGUAAUACACCUUUACCCAAAAGCACUAUAAAGCAAACGGUUAAAAGAGAUAAAAACUACACUGAUGACCAGCGAGAGAUAAAUAACGAUAACAUUCGUAUUGUUAUUGCAGAUUUGCGUUCUAGAGUGAAUAAUAAUAAAGUAGUCAAGCUUAGAAUGAAACGAAUUCGGGCACAACAAACAUAUCAACAGCGAGCACGACGCAACGAAAUCAAACAGUACCGCAGAAGUAAUGCUCCUGUAAACCUGGAACGUAUGGUCUUCCACUAA